ACACCAUAUAGUAGCCGUAAAAAGGCACCAUAUAUAGAUAUCAAUCUACUGUACAACAAGAUAUAAUCAGAGUCUACUCUACCCUAUUAUGUCUCCCUACGGGUCUAUUACUAUACUGGUUAAGUGCAUGUAACGUUUAAAUGUGAAAGGAGAGAGAAGAGAUGUUGUGUCAGCUUUGAAGUACAAAACAGACAGCUAUAGUGAGGAGAGAGGUUGGUAAUUAUGAAGCUCAAAGUCUGUGAAAAUUAAAUAUUACUAGUAAACCAUUAGUCACUUCUGCUCAGUAUUUUUGACCACUCAUAGAGUGUUUUCGUUUAUGAAACCGGAGACUACUGUUCAGAAAAAGCCAAACUUUGUAUAACCGUUGUCCACCUUCUUCUUUUAAUUUUGGCUUUGGUCCGACUUACUUUCCUUAAUUACAAGCUUAUCUGGAAUCACUUCUUUAUCACCAUUAUUACAUCUAUCUAUCUCCAUCACUUUCUCUCUCCACAUUUCUUCUCCGAUUUCCCGGCGGCCUCUGGAAGUCUCUGGUGAGACAAUGUCGUCGAUGGCGAUCAUCUCCGUCCAGAAUGAGGUGGAGGAUAAACGUUAUCCUGAGCCCCUUGCCUCACACGAGGACGUUGUCAAGGACCCUAAACUCUUCUGGGACACUCUCCGUAACUUCCACUCUGUGUUGGGUACCAAAUUUAUGGUUCCUGUGAUUGGAGGGAAGGAGUUAAAUUUACAUGCUUUAUAUGUGGAGGUUACCAAGAGGGGUGGUUAUGACAAGGUUAUUUUGGAGAAGAAAUGGAGGGAAGUGAGUUCUGUUUUCAAUUUCUCUCCAACAACAACAAGUGCUUCCUAUGCAUUGAAGAAACACUACUCUAGUCUUCUUCAUCAUUAUGAACAUGUUUACUUCUUUAGGCUACAAGGUCCCCUGCUUACCUCAACAGACCCUCUAUGUUUUGAAGCUGUUGGAACUAUUGAUGGGAAAUUCGACUGUGGUUAUUUGGUGUCUGUGAAAUUGGGUUCCAAGAUUCUCAAUGGAGUACUCUAUCACCCAGAGCAGCCUAGCUCUUCUAUGUCGGCUGUCCAGCCUUGCACUGCUAUUAUUCCGUACAACCCCAAGCCCGUGCCUCAUCAUUCUGGUCGAAGGAAUAGAAGAAGAAGGGGAGGGGAUCCCAGCCGCCCGAAACCCAAUAGAAGUGGCUACAAUUUCUUCUUUGCUGAAAAGCAUUCUGUGUUCAAAUCUCUUUACCCAGAUCGAGAAAGGGAGUUCACCAAGAUGAUUGGAGAGUCUUGGAGCAAUCUUAGCCUAGAAGAGAGAAUGGUUUACCAGGACUACGGUUUGAAGGACAAAGAAAGAUACCAGAGAGAAAUGAAAGAAUACAAAGAGAGAAUGCAGCUGAAGCAGCCCAAUGAUGCUAUGGUAGCUGACUAUUGAGCUCAAGUAGGGUGACCAACAAAAGAAAGGUUUCUUUUUGUUCCCAGAAUCUAUAGACAUGUAUAAUGUGCAUGUACAAUGUUAAAAAACAGAAUCUGUAGUACACAUGUAUUGUAUUUUGUAUACAUUGGUAAAAUUUGGGACCUCAAACAUGAGGUGUGUCUUUCAAUCUCAGGUGGGUCACUUUAUGUCGAAAUGAUGUCAAAUUUUAGGUCUGAACUCUGCAUUGUCCCUUGCAGCAUCCUCAAUUGAGGGAGAUUAACAUUAGAGUGAAUUCUGGGA